GCUUUUGGAAAUGCAAAAACAGCCCAUAACAACAACUCCAGUCGCUUCGGCAAAUUUAUCCAAGUGAAUUACCAGGAGACGGGCACUGUGCGAGGAGCUUAUGUGGAGAAGUACCUCCUGGAGAAAUCAAGACUAGUCUAUCAGGAGCACAAUGAACGGAACUACCAUGUAUUUUAUUACCUCCUGGCAGGAGCAAGCGAGGAAGAGAGAUCAGCAUUCCACCUGAAGCAACCUGAGGAAUAUCAUUACCUCAACCAGGACUGCUUUUCUGUGGAAGGGGAGGACUUGAAGCAUGACUUUGAGCGCUUACAACUAGCCAUGGAGAUGGUGGGGUUUCUUCCCAAGACUCGCAGACAGAUUUUUUCUCUCUUGUCGGCGAUACUUCACCUGGGAAACAUCCGUUACAAAAAGAAGACUUACAGGGAUGACUCCAUCGAUAUCUGUAACCCUGAAAUACUGCCUGUUGUGUCAGACUUGCUGGAGGUGAAAGAAGAGAUGCUGUUUGAGGCCCUGGUUACCAGAAAGACGGUGACAGUAGGAGAGAAGCUGAUCUUACCCUACAAACUAGCAGAG